AUGGCGGCUUCUACCUCCGUCGAGCCAAGGGCGAUCUGUCCUUGGUCUUUUCUGAAUCCGACCCCGACCUUGGAAAAUUCCUAUCUGCCCCUGGCACAGACAACCAAACCAAAGACAUUCGCUUCUAUUGUUUCUGGGUCAGUCGAAUCCACAGUUGCUCUUAGCCAACUGCCUGCUCCUGUUGUUCGUGGUGAUACGACCUAUGUUAAGAUUAAUGAAGCUUUGUAUCAGGAACAACUGAAGACCUUCAAAACCAAUUUGAUUGGUAGAUUACUUUUGCUCAAGGGAUCUGCUCCAUUGAAGCUUCAUGAUUUGAAGGCCUCCCGUACUUCUUUAUGGAAUCCUUCAUCACCCUGGAGAUUGGUUCCUUUGGGGAAGGGAUAUUUUGAUAUUCAUUUUGAUACAGAAUCAGAUAUGCGAAGAAUUUGGGGUGGGGGUACUUUUACUUUGGCUAGCGGGUUGUUUUGUCUCUCCCAAUGGCAGCCGGAUUUCAAGCCAGGGGACACUCUCCCUCAGACUCAUUCGCAAAUUUGGGUUAGGUUUUAUGGAUUGAGUCAAGACUACUGGCACUCGCAACAUCUAAUGGAGAUUGCUCGUGGAGUGGGCACACCUUUGCAAUUGGACAUGGCUACUAAAGAAAAAGCAUUUGGCUAUUUUGCAAAAGUUCUUGUGGACGUUGAUCUAGCUAGUAAUCUGCCUUCUAGUCUGAUGGUUGAAAGGGAGAACCAUUGUUUUCCAAUUGAAGUUAUUUAUGAGAAUAUGUGUGAUAAUUGUGGAAUGGUUGGACACAUCAUUGAUCAUUGCAAGUGCAUGAUCAAAGAUGUUAACAAUUCUCAUUAUCUUAACGGUGGUGUGGAGAAGAAACAACAAACUAAGCCUGUGGUUAGGCAAGAGUACAGUGUAAAACCCAAGCUCCAAGCUCAACAUCCUCAAACUUCUCUGACUGACAAUGAGCCUCAACCCAGUAAGGAAGCUGAGAUUCAGAAUUUUGCAGACAAGGUCCUACUCAAGGUAGUGGAUCAGGAGCUCGAUCGAAUUGCCGAUCUGGUGCUUAAUGAGCCAGUGACCACUCAGUAG